AUGUCUGAGAAGUUCGCAAUUCUCAAUGGUGAACUUGAAAACCAUGAGAAAGAUCUUGAGUUUCAGCAGUCUCAAAUGGAGCAUGCAAGUCAACGAGAACAAGCUUAUCGUAAACAGCUGCUGCGAUACCAAGCAGACCUAGUGAAAUUCGAAAAAGAUUGUAAAAAGAAAUCAAACUCUGGAGUUUGGAUAACGGGGUCAGAGCAUGAACAACUCUAUAUGAUUCGGGCGAGCAUAGAACGAAAUAUCGAAGAUACCAAAUCUGCUUUGGAAAUUGCUACAGAAACAUAUCAAACGGAACGAGAAAAUCGUAUAGCCAAUAUGCGACGAAUAGCAGAAAUUAAAAUGGCAAUGCUGUCUCUUGAAAAGGACAUGGCUCGACUCCUGUCCACCAUGCGAAAAAACGUUCUAGUCCAAUGCAUCGACGACAUUAGACAUAGUCGUUGGAGAAAUGUUGAACCAUCUCUCAACCGCUUGUACCUAUAAAAUGUACCUAGUCAUAAUCAUUCAUCUGCCUCAUCUUUUUGUAAAACAAG